UUAUCGUACAGCCGGCGCAGGCUCGGAUAUCGGAACCGGUACACGCUAAGCUUCGAAAAGGCGAAAUAUUGCGUACGCCCGAUUUCAGCACAUUCGACGCGGAAGAUGCGAAAGCUCACCGAUUCGGAGAUAAUGCGGAUCCAGGACGGCAUGGCCGUCAUGUCUCCGCUGGUCGGCGAUUACUCGGGCGACCGGCACCAGCUGCACAAGCUGGUCACGCUGUCGCUGGCUUCGGCGGGCUCAUUCGUGCUGCUGCUGGCCAUCUUCCCGCUGCUGGUGGGUACCACGGCUCGCCGCUCGGACGAGUCCUGGUACGCGUCCGUCGACGCCGGCGACACGAACUCCUCGUUCGGCAAUGGGCUGCGACGCUCACUCGACUACGCGGCUGCCAAGCCCUGCGACGACUUUUACGCGUUCGUAUGCGGCCACUGGCCCCGUGCGUUCCCGCAGCUGGCGCACCAGUUUCACCUGCUCGACAACCACGUCAGGGUGGCGGCACUAAGGCGCGUCGCGGCGCUCGCUUGGGGCGCCGUCAACAUGACGGUGACCGAGAAGGUGGGCCGUGCCCUGGUCACCUGCCUGGCCGAGCACGAGUCCGAGCACGACCACAGCAACGUGGUGGCGCAGCUGCUGCACUCGCUGGGCGUCGACUGGCCUUCGCUGAGGGCGGUCGCCAACCGGACGCGCACCUUCAACUUCCUCCAGGUCUUCCUCACGCUGUCGCAGAACAUGGGCCUGCCCCUCUUCUUCCAGUUUCUUCCCGAGCUGGACCUUCGGCAUCCCAACCGGACGGUGCUGACGUUGUCGCCGGGCUGGCUGCAGGCGUCACUGGCAGACAAUGGGAGCAUCUCCAGUGCGUUGUUUCUCGCCGCCGUCUACGGCCGUGACGACUUGUCUCAGCGGCUCCAGAACGUGCACCGACGCGUAGAGCUGGCCGCGGCAGCCCUCCACCAAAACGCGCACCACCAGGCGCCCUUUUACACCACGGUGGAAGGCGUGGGCGGCUUCAGCAGGUACCUGCCGUCUGCCGAAGUUCUGCUGGCCAUGAUUAAUCUCAACUUCCGCGAAAAGAACCAGGUUACCCUGACGGAUGACGUCUACGUUACUGGCGGCGGUAAGUCAGCGUUCCGGUUAGCAGCCAUGUUUGCAGCCGAAGUGGCCUUUGAUGACGCCGAGGCCGCUGGCGCCUUCGUGAGCACGUUGCUUCUGCGAUAUCUGGCCGUGCCUUCCUCCGCCAAGCUGUCUUCCAUGCUGCAGAUGUCGAAGUACAGGUGUUUCGAGCUGGUCCAGGACGUGGCUCCACAUGCUAUGUCUUUGUUUCUGGCAGAGGUGCCCGACGACUUGCACGAUGAGGCUCUGCUGGAGCGGCACUAUGCGUCGCUACCCGUCUUCCGGUCGCCCUUCAUCCGCUCGUACCUGUCCGCGCUCAGGGGUCGCGCCGACCGGGCCAAGGCGUCGCUGCACCGUCGGGUAUCGACGGCGCGCCGCAUGUCACAUCGGCUGCCCAUGCUGGCGGCGAAACCGCUGCUGCUUCCCUUCUACGGCCUGCUGUUCGUGCCCGUCGCGUCCAUGUUGCCACCCAUCUUGGUGCGCGAAUCGCCGGAAGCGACAUACGCCGGACUGGGCCACCUCGUGGCUCGCGAGCUCGUCUCCGCGUUGCAUCUAUCGGCUUCGGAAGCGGCUCGCAAUGGGCUUUUAGUCAACAGGCGUUUCGCUGCGGCUGUAUCCAACACCAUCACUUGCCUCCACCAAUCGCCGUCGCCAUCUCAGGCACGCCGUCAAGUAGGAGCAGCAGCGCACCAGCGAAUUGAAGAGGUGUACGCGGACGUUGUGGGUCUGCAAGCGGCGAUGCGCGCGCUCCGCGCGGCAACUCCGAGCUACAGGCCGCUGGAGAAGACAGCGGUGAUUCAGGACUGGACGAGCGCGCAGCUCUUUUACCUGAGCGCCUGUUUCAAGUGGUGCGCGUUCGAUACCAACGAGGUGGUAGGCACCGUGGGCUCGCACCGCGAGCGCUGCAAUCUGCCCGUCGCCGAGGAGCCUGGUUUUCUGGCGGCCUUCAACUGCAGCGCCAAUUCGAAAAUGGCUCGCGAGCGCAAGGGUUGCUUCCGGCACGCCUUGUAG